AAUUGGCCAAAUGCACUUCUGGUUGUUGUAUCAAACCAUAAGCACAUUCCGGCGAGAGUACGCGAAGUAUCAGAUAUUGUAGUAGGAGAAAUAAUUGUUUGAAAUCCGAGUAGCAAGAAAGGACCUGAGCCAAUCUUGCUUCGAGUGAAACGCAUUUGAGAGGAACAGAGCCGAUUGUAUCAGGAAUAGCUAACAAGCCUAACGAUGGUUGUGGCAGUGAAGGUUUUCAAGAAGUCCGUUCCGAACGGAAAGCUGACCGUCUAUUUGGGCAAGCGUGACUUCAUCGACCACAUCGACUAUUGCGAACCGGUCGAUGGCGUUAUCGUGAUUGACCAGGACUACCUGCGGGGACGCAAAGUUUACGGCCAGCUCAUUACCACCUACCGUUUCGGCCGCGAAGAGGAUGAGGUCAUGGGGGUCAAGUUCUCCAAGGAGAUGGUCCUGGUCAAGGAGCAGAUCUAUCCGAUGGUAAACGCCAAGAUGGAGAUGACCCCGAUGCAGGAGCGUCUGAUCAAGAAGCUGGGCGCCAACGCGUAUCCGUUCACCUUCCACUUCCCGAACAUGGCCCCAAGCUCGGUUACACUGCAGGCUGGCGAAGAUGACCAGGGCAAGCCCCUCGGUGUGGAGUACUCCAUCAAGAUCUACGUCGGUGGCGAGGACGACGAGGAGAAGGGACAUAAGCGCAGCUCGGUAGGUCUGAUCAUCAAGAAGCUGCAGCAUGCCCCGACCAGCCGUGGUCGCCGUCUGCCUUCCUCGCUGGUCAGCAAGGGAUUCACCUUGUCCCAGGGCAAGGUUAACCUGGAGGUUACCCUCGAUCGGGAGAUCUACUACCAUGGCGAGAAGAUCUCCGCCAACGUUGUGAUCACUAACAACUCCCGCAAGACGGUAAAGAGCAUCAAGUGCUUCGUGGUGCAGCACUGCGAGGUCACGAUGGUGAACGCGCAGUUCAGCAAGCACAUCGCUUCGCUGGAAACCCGCGAGGGUUGCCCCAUUACUCCGGGAGCUAGCUUCACCAAGUCAUUCUUCUUGGUGCCGCUGGCUUCCAGCAACAAGGACCGCCGCGGAAUCGCCCUCGAUGGCCACUUGAAGGACGAGGAUGUCAACCUGGCUUCGUCCACCAUGAUCGGCGAGGGCAAGAGCCACUCCGAUGUCAUGGGUAUCAUCUGCUCGUACUCGCUCCGAGUCAAGCUGAACUGCGGAACCCUCGGAGGAGAACUGCAGACCGACGUUCCAUUCAAGCUGCUGACCCCGGCUCCCGGAACCGUCGAUCGCGAGCGCGUCAACGCCAUGAAGAAAAUGAAGUCGAUCGAGCGCCAUCGCUACGAGAACUCUCACUAUGCCGAUGAUGAUGACAACAUCGUUUUCGAGGACUUUGCUCGGCUGCGAAUGAAUGAACCAGAGUAAGCUAAGCCUGUUAGCCCGGGUAGCGAUUAUCCAUACACACACCUGACCUUACUAAUCCAAGCUGACAGAUCUCUUAAAACAAUUAUGCACUCAUUGAGUUCAUAGCUCUUCUCCCAACUGUUAUCAACCUUAGAUCAAAGCAACACCUACGAUUUCAUGGGACCUAAAUGGGCAACCUAUCCGACCGAGUAACUGAUGUGAUAUUUCAAACUGUUGAUUUUGAGUCUCUGUUUUGAAAAAGUCAUUUGAGCUUUAAAAAAAACUAUAAAAAAGAAAAAAAAAUCAUAAAGUAACACGAAAAAUAGUAUCGAUUCAUCGAUUGAUUUCAAAGCGGGUAGAACAAGGGUAACUGCGCAGUUGAGCAAAUCAGGCACAGAAUCGAUCGAUCAAUCGAAUACGCAAAUAACAACAAAUCUAUUAACACGAUACCAGAAGUGAACGAAUCGAAUGUAAUGAGCUACACGUGCGGAUUAUUGGUUACGUUUACAGUUAUGCGGAUUGUAGCCAAUGAUCAGCAUUACUAAUUUUAAGGACAAAAGCAACAUAUUUGAAUAGCUAGGAACAGCAUUGUGCAUGUAUAUUAUAAUUUUAAUCUGCUACCAAAACGUUCAGCAAUUCCAAUUGAAGCCGCUCGCUGGCCGUCCGCGGGCGGCUCGAAUUGUAAGCACAGGACAUUUGUUGUGGAGAGUAACAGUUUCCUUGUCCCUUUGGAGGUGAGGAGAAUGUUUCGGCAGCACGAAUGUCCACGGAACGCAAACUAAUGCAUUGUAAAUCCUCCCCCUGCUCUUCAUCGUCGAGUACGAAUUUUCCUCUGAGAUAUUGACCAUAUCUCGUGGAGACAGCGUACAUCUGGAUGGGGUGCGGGGGGAAAGGGAUUUGCCGGACAAAUAGGAACCUACAGGAAGUCAAUUUGUUUUAGCUUUAGUUUUGGGUAACUUUUAGUUCGUCGGUUGUUUUGUUGUGUAGAGAUCAGAGUGUAAGCAAAUAGAAAGAAAAACCCGUUACGUUCAGCAGCUAAGAGCAACAUAUGCGAGCCAAGCUAAGGCGAGGCUUUGUGAUUAAAACCAGCAAAUAAAAGACAGGAUUUUUGUUUCGUUUGUUAAGUUUUUUGUAGUACAAUAUGUAAUAUAAUGAAUUGGUUUUCCUACAGCUUCAGAAA